GAAGCGCGCACGCAGCACACAUUGGUCGGUUGAUUUUUUGUUUCCUCUCAUUUCAGUGAAGCAAAGUUCGGUGAAGGAGUCGGUAGUGUGUACCGCGCGGUGUCACGAGUUCGUGAAAAACGAACCUCACAAAAUAAAAAUCACGAUAAAUAAAUAAACGAGCUGAAGAAACUUGACGACGAGAAAGAGAUAAAUUCUUGCCCGUUUUAAAUCACGUGUUGAGAAAAAAAACAAACCCAAACAAAAAGAAAAUCGAAAAACCGAUCGAUCUAAGAGCGGCGUGUCAAAAAUUCUAGUCGAAGAGACACUUUGAAAACGGGGGAAAAAACUGUAUAAAAAAUAGAAAAUUUUGUGAGGAAUCGAGGAGGGAAGAGACUCUCUUCAGGAUGGCCGCAAAUAAGGAAGAAAACAUCGAGAACGGACAGUUUUUCGAGGGCGUUGAAAAGCUCCUCGAAAUAUGGUUCACGAGCAACGAUGGACAAGAUAGGAACCGCGAUCUCCGCGAAAUACCCCGAGAAAACUGGGAGUCCCUUUUGAAGAUGGUGCGCUGCGAGAUCAUCAGUUUCUGUCGGAACGAUCAAGUCGACGCGUACGUCUUGAGCGAGAGCAGCAUGUUCGUCUCUAAACGAAGAUUGAUCCUCAAAACUUGCGGGACAACUACACCCCUCCAAUGUCUCGAGGCGCUGCUCGAUCUCGUCGAGCAGUACACCGGAUUCGACCAAGUUGAGGAUUUGUUCUAUUCUCGGAAAAAUUACAAGCGCCCGGAACUUCAGAUAUCUCCGCAUCAGGCGUUCGAGGAUGAAGUUUCCCUCCUCGAUACAAUAUUUCCAGACGGUGAGGCUUACUGUCUGGGUGACGUUGACAGAGAUUGUUGGUACCUGUACACCCUCAACAGGGAGAAACCUCUCGGUGACAGGACCAAAGAGCCGGAUCAGACUCUCGAGAUUCUCAUGACGAAUCUUGAUCCCGAUGUAAUGUCGAUUUUCACGAGAGACGUUUGUUCAUCCGCUGCCGAAGCAACCGAGAAAUCAGGAAUUGACAAACUCAUUCCCAGCAUGGUCAUUGACGACUUCCUAUUUGAGCCUUGUGGCUAUUCCAUGAACGGAGUGUCCAAGAGCGGUAGUUACAUGACGAUUCAUAUAACGCCGGAGCCGGAAUUUUCUUACGUGUCGUUCGAGAGCAACAUCCCGGAGGCAUCGUACGAGGAGGUAAUACGUCGUGUGCUUGAAACGUUUAAGCCGGGCAAUUUCGUCGUGACGAUAUUUGCAAACAAAGAGUCAGUAGCGGCGGAGUCUCCUCGGGAAUUGGAGCAGACGGAUUACUUGAAUUUCAAGGGUGAAUGGUUGAGGAACGACGUGCAAUACUGUCGUUUCAAAAACUACGAUCUAACAUGCGCAUUUUAUUCUAAAUUCCCAAGCUGAUGGU